UUCAGGCAGCCAAUGGCAAGCUGCGCGUAGGCGGUGGCCUUCCAGCGGCUCCCGGCGGCAGUGGGGCGGGGUCCAGGGUCCCAAGCCUGAGUACUCCGGAAACGGUCCUGCUGACCCAGUACCAUGUGGAACCAGGUUGGAAGAUCUUUCCAUAGCAACCAUCUCAGCAUCUUGUAUUCACCUGGGGAAAUGGAGGACCAGAGAGGUUAAGUUCAUUGCCUGAGGUCACACAGAAAGUUCCAAGACGCACUGCCAGCCAGUACAGUGAAUGGUGACGAGCAUGCCUCUGUGUGGGCGGAGAACCACCUCAGAAGACAGCAAGGCAGAUGGCACAGAAGCUCAGCCCCUGGUGCCCACAGGACGCUUGACGGUGCUGCUGCACUGGCCUGGGCCUGAGGGCGGGGAGCCCUGGGUCACCUUCAGCCAGGCCUCUCUGACUGCAGAGGAGGUCUGCAUCCACAUCGCACACAAAGUUGGCAUCACUCCCCCCUGCUUGAAUCUCUUCGCACUCUAUGAUGCACAGGCCAAGGUCUGGCUGCCCCCAAACCACAUUUUGGAUACAUCCCAAGACGUGAGCCUGAGGCUCUAUUUUCGCAUGAGGUUUUACUUCCGGAACUGGCACGGCAUGAAUCCCCAGGAGCCAGCUGUAUACCGAUGUGGUUUCCCAGGGGCAGAGACUUCCUCAGACCGGGCAGAGCAAGGUGUACAGCUCUUGGACUCUGCCUCAUUUGAAUACCUUUUUGAGCAGGGAAAGCAUGAGUUCAUGAACGAUGUGGUGUCUCUGUGGGACCUGUCUAGUGAGGAAGAGAUCCACCACUUUAAGAAUGAGAGCCUGGGCAUGGCCUUUCUGCACCUCUGCCACCUUGCUCUCUGCCGAGGUGUCCCCCUGGAGGAGAUGGCCAGAGAGAUCAGCUUCAAGAACUGCAUCCCUCAUUCCUUCCGCCAGCACAUCCGCCAGCACAAUGUGCUUACACGCCUGCGUCUCCGUAGAGUCUUCCGCCGCUUCCUGCGGGCUUUCCGGCCUGGCCACCUCUCCCAACAGGUUGUGAUGGUUAAGUACUUGGCCACCUUGGAACGGCUGGCUCCUCGCUUUGGCUCAGAGCACAUACCUGUGUGUCAUCUGGAGGUCCUGGCCCAGCCUGAGAGGGACCCCUGCUACACCCAGAACAGUGGACAGACCACUGGCGACCCAGGCCCAGAGCUGGCUUCCGGGCCCCCCACCCAUGAGGUACUGGUGACAGGCACCGGAGGUAUCCAGUGGCGUCCACUGCAGACCCAGGAAUCUGAGAGAAGUAACAGCAGAGGGAAUCCCCAAGGCAGCCGCUCUGGGAAGAAACCCAAGGCCCCUGAGGCUGGAGAGCACCCGGCAGAGAGUCCUCAGGAACCACAUUGGACCUACUUCUGUGACUUCCAGGACAUUUCCCACGUGGUGCUAAAGGAGCGUCGCGUGCACAUCCACCUUCAAGACAACAAGUGCUUGUUGCUGUGCCUCUGUUCCCAGGCUGAGGCCCUGUCUUUUGUGGCCCUGGUCGAUGGCUAUUUCCGUUUGACUGCUGACUCCAGCCACUACCUGUGCCAUGAGGUGGCACCCCCGAGGCUGGUGACUAGCAUCCAGAACGGUAUCCAUGGGCCUCUGAUGGAUCCAUUUGUACAGGCCAAGCUGUGGCCAGAGGAUGGCCUCUACCUGAUUCAGUGGAGCACCAGCCACCUGCACCGCCUGAUCCUUACUGUGGCCCAUCGAAACCCGGCUCCCAGUAAGGGCCCUAAGGGCCUGCGCCUCCGAAAAUUUCCCAUCACCCAGCAGCCUGGAGCCUUUGUGCUAGACGGCUGGGGCCGCUCCUUCGACAGCUUGGGGGACCUUCGGCUUGCCUUGCAGGGCUGCUCAUUGCGGGCCGGUGAUGACUGUUUCUCCUUGCACCAUUGCUGCCUGCCCCGGCCCAGAGAAAUCUCCAACCUCGUCAUCAUGCGGGGAUCUAGGGCCCACACCCGGCCGCUCAACCUCAGUCAGCUCAGCUUCCACAGGGUUCACCAGGAUGAAAUCACCCAGCUCUCCCACUUGGGCCAAGGCACAAGAACUAAUGUAUAUGAGGGCCUGCUAAGAGUGGGGGGUCCUGGUGAGGGCACAGCAGACAGUGGAUGUCCCGCUGAGCCUGGUGGGGGUAGUGGGCAGCAGCUUCGAGUGGUGCUCAAAGUCCUUGACCCCGGUCACCGUGCUAUCGCCUUGGCCUUCUAUGAGACUGCUAGCCUCAUGAGCCAGGUGUCACACAUGCACCUGGCUUUCCUGCAUGGUGUUUGCGUUCGUGGCUCAGAGAAUAUCAUCGUGACAGAAUUCGUAGAACAUGGUCCCCUGGAUGUGUGGUUACGGCGACAGAGGGGCCGAGUGCCCAUGACCUGGAAGAUGGCCGUGGCUCAGCAGCUGGCCAGUGCCCUUAGCUACCUGGAGGACAAGAAUCUGGUUCAUGGGAACGUAUGUGGCCGGAACAUCCUGCUGGCCCGCCUAGGAUUGGAGGAGGGUACCAACCCCUUCAUCAAGCUCAGUGAUCCUGGUGUGGGCCAAGGUGCCCUCUCCAGAGAAGAGCGGGUGGAGCGCAUCCCCUGGACAGCUCCUGAGUGCCUGUCCGGAGGGGCCAGUAGCUUGGGUACCGCUACAGACAUGUGGGGCUUUGGUGCCACCCUUCUUGAGAUCUGCUUUGAUGGGGAGGCACCCCUGCAGGGUCGUGGUCCCUCCGAGAAAGAACGGUUCUACACAAAGAAGCAUCAGCUGCCUGAGCCCUCAUGCCCAGAACUGGCCACACUCACCCGCCAGUGCCUGACCUAUGAACCAGCACAGCGGCCCUCGUUCCGCACCAUUUUGCGGGACCUCACAAGGCUGCAGCCACAGAAUCUAGUGGGUACUUCGGCUGUGAACUCAGACUCACCGGCGUCAGACCCCACUGUUUUUCACAAGCGUUAUUUGAAAAAAAUCCGGGAUUUGGGCGAGGGUCACUUUGGCAAGGUCAGCCUGUAUUGCUACGAUCCAACUAAUGACGGCACUGGCGAGAUGGUGGCCGUGAAAGCCCUGAAGGAGGGAUGUGGUCCCCAGCUCCGCUCGGGCUGGCAGCGGGAGAUUGAAAUCCUGCGGACGCUCUACCAUGAACACAUUGUCAAGUACAAAGGCUGCUGUGAGGACCAAGGAGAGAAGUCUGUACACCUGGUCAUGGAAUAUGUCCCUCUGGGCAGCCUCCGAGACUACCUGCCGAGGCACAGCGUAGGGCUGGCCCAGCUCCUGCUGUUUGCCCAGCAGAUCUGCGAGGGCAUGGCCUACUUGCAUGCGCAGCACUACAUUCACCGAGACCUCGCUGCGCGCAACGUGCUGCUGGACAACGACAGGCUGGUCAAGAUUGGAGACUUUGGCCUAGCCAAGGCUGUACCUGAAGGCCACGAGUACUACCGAGUGCGCGAGGACGGGGACAGCCCAGUGUUCUGGUAUGCCCCAGAAUGCCUGAAGGAGUGCAAAUUUUACUAUGCAUCUGAUGUCUGGUCCUUCGGGGUAACCCUGUAUGAGCUGUUGACAUACUGUGACUCUACGCAGAGUCCUCCCUCGAAAUUCAUUGAGCUCAUCGGCCUCAGCCAGGGCCAGAUGACCGUGCUGAGGCUCACAGAGUUGCUGGAACGAGGAGAGAGGCUGCCUCGGCCUGACAGAUGCCCCUGUGAGAUCUAUCACCUCAUGAAGAACUGCUGGGAGUCAGAGGCCUCCUUCCGCCCCAGCUUCCAGAAUCUUGUGCCCAUCCUCAAGACAGCACAGGAGAAGUACCAAGGCCAGGUGCCUUCAGUGUUCAGCGUGUGCUGACAAAGGCAUGGGGGGUGGCUCCACACAGAGGCCUCCACACAGCCUAUACUGUACUCUGCCUUGAAACCCCACCUGUGGACUAAGUUUCCUUCCUUGGCCCUGAGCCUGGCCGUGACCCAAACAGACCUUGGAUGUGCAAAGGGGCCAGUUAGGAAUUCCUGAGUCUUUGCAUUUUGGGCCCAUCCAUCUUUUCACAGAUGAGACCCAUUGUCUUCUUUAGCUGGGAAGAAACUGCUUUGCUGGGGGCCCGAGGACUUUGGGGGUCCAUCUUCAGCAGCAAGAUGUGUAGAUAGAAUGAGACUUCAAAAGAAGCUGUAACAUUUCUGAUCACCCCUAAACCACCAGCCACGCUGGAGUGUGCCGGGGAGAGCCUGUGCUUAGCACGGGCUCCCUAGUUGGUUAAGCCAUCGACUAAAUCAGUUCCUGGUAUACAGAAAGCACUCAGUAGCUUCUUGUUAGAGGCUGGGGAGAUGGCUUGGUCAGUGAAAGACAAACAGAAGUGCUUGCUUUGCAAGCACAAGGCUGUGAGUUCAAUCCCCAGAACCCAUGUUAGCUCUGUGUGGUGGGACAUGCUUGUCACCUCAGUCCUGGAGAAAUGGAGAUGGGCAGCUUUGUGGGGCUCACUGGCAAGAAUCCUAGUCUAUUCAGUGACACUCAGGCCAACUAGAGUCCCUGCUUCAAAACAGAAUGCUGCAGCAGUGCCUUGGAAGAUACCCAGAGUUGUCCUCUGACUUCUGCACAGAUGUGUGCACACACACCUGCACAUAAAUUUGCAUAUAUACACAGGAAGGCCAUUUGUCACAUACGUAGGACUCUGCCAAUUUUACCCUUUCCUUCCUGUGUAACCUCAGGAAAAUGUCUUGACCUCUCUGGGCCUCCCAUCUCAGCUAUGGGGAUGGUCAGGGCUUCUACCUCAUAGGGCGGAUGAUGAGUGGCAUUCCCAUUGCUCUGGAGACACAGAGAAGAGUUAAUAAAGUUUAUGAUCAUUGCUA